AUGGUGGGGAGGGUGGCCAUGGCCGCGACGGCUUCCCCAUCCGACAAGGACGGGGAUGCUCAGCCAUGUAAGAAACGGAGAGAAGAUGAUCCUUCAGUUAAAGCAAUUACAAACUAUUUUUCACCAUUAGCUAAAAACAUGGAUAGAGUGUUGUCACCACCAAAAUCCAACAAUAUAAUGGAUUACUUUAAAAAAACUUCCCCUUCUAAUGAGAAGAUUGCUUCACCUGUGACAGAGAAGGAAAGUAAGACAUGUAUAUUAUCUCUGGAAAAUGCUUCAAAACCUUUGUCAAAACUUAAGAGGAGAGGAAAGAGAUGUAAUUUAAAUAAUAAAUUAAAGGAUAUGAAAACACUUGAGCAUGAUGCUAUGAAUGCAACUAACAAUGAUGACAAAGAAAAAUGCAGUCCGAAGGAAGAGGACUUGAAAACCAAUUUAAUUGGUCACAAUGCUCCUGAAUUGCUUGACCAAAGUGUGGAAGGAAUGUUAAAUGAUUGCAGCAAAAACCCUUCCAAUGCUGUCAGGGGCAAAGAUGAAGAAAUAAAACAGAAGAUAGAAGAGAAAGUAAUAAAUAAUAAAUUUGAAAGAUCUAAGAAAAGGAAGCAUAAAGAUGAGACAGAUGUCCCUGCAAGUUUUAGUUCUGAAACUGAAACUCAGCUGAGUGAACAAUCUAAAGACGUUGAUCAGAUACAACUUGUUUCUACAAGUGAACUUGAAAAUGAAAGCAUAGUAAGCAUUUUGGGACCUGAGAGUAAUACACAUGAGACACUAGAGUUAAAUGAUAGUACAGUGACUGUGUCAUUUGAAGACUUUCUGAAAAGCCAAAGAGAAAAUAAAGUUGAUCGAAUUUCAAAAGUCCAAACACCCGACAAUUCUGUUGCACUGGGUGAAAUUGUCAGUUGCCAAACUACUCAGCUGUUGCCACUUAAGAAAGUAACUGUCCUUGCAGAAAUUCAUCCAGUCCCUCCAAGAUCUCUCUCUUCUAGAAAAAUAGCCUCUAUCUUUUUAAAACAAAAAACCAAAGCAGCUAAAACACAAAGCAAUCUGUCCACUCCAGAAGUGGAGUAUAAUGAGCAAAUUACCCAGAAAAGAAAAUCUAAUGUUGUGAUAGCAGAGGAGGAGUUAGAGUUGGCUGUAGUGGAAAUUCCAAGUUCGGAGACUGAGAAGUUAAAAUGCACCGCAGAAGAGAGAUACCAGUUCAUGAAAGCUUUUAGACAACCAGAAUCAGAUACAGUAAAAAAUGGAGCUAAGAAAGGACCUGCUAAACAGAAGGAAGUGGGAGAAAAUUCUUCAAAACUCAAAGAAGAAAUAGAAGAAAGUGAGGAGGCUUCUGACAAAAAACUAGAAAAUGAAGUUCCAAAAGAUUAUGUUGGUAGUGAUUCUCGUAAUACAGGCAGAAAACUUACUGCUCGAGUUAAAAAUAACAAGCUUAGUAGGAAAAGGAUGAUGUUGGAAACAAAAGUGGAGUAUUUAAGUGUUAAUGAAAACCAGAACAGUAAUGCUAAUAGUCAAAUUAAGGAAACAACUGCAGUGGGGACCCAGAGCAAAUUGCCUCGGAGUGGAUUGAGAAAAAGUCCAUGGCAAAAGAAAAGUGAAACUUCCAUAAACAUUACACCAGAAAAAGUGAACAUAUCCGAGGCUGCUACUGAAAAUACAUCUGGUGAUAGCCCUCUACAAGUUUCUACUCCCAAACCAAGCAAUAAUUCCUUCAGUGAGAGUGACCUAUAUAAGGCUGAGGUGAUUACUGAACCCUUUGAUUCACAGAGUCCAAUAAGGAUGAAAUUCACCAGAAUUAAUACCUCUGAAGGAUUUUCACAGCACAGUAUAAAGAUGAAUUCUACUUGUAACAAUAUAUCCAAAGCAAAAAAAUUGAUUGAGAAAGCAAAGGCUCUACAGCAUAACAAGGCAAAAUCUAUGGAAGAGACAUUACACACAACUCUAAGGCGCUCUUCUAGACAACAGGCUCUUGCUGAAAAGAAAAGCCUACAAAAUGCAGAAGAACCUGUGAUUAUUUUGGAUUCAAGUCCAAGCAAUGUUACUACUGUAUUGGAAGUUAUGGAGAAGCGAAAUAUUCUUCAAAAUUUGAAUGAUGUUUUGGGGAAAAAGGCUGGAAAUGCAAAGGCGACUAAAAAAUCAAGCGGCAAAGAAAAAGUUUCUUCAUUAAUCAGGAAAAACGUUCAGAAGCCUACAGCUGAAACCAUCAGGAUUUCUGAUGAAAGCAGUGAAGAUGAAUCUGAAAAUUCUCAAGAUGACGAGCAGUCCAAAGCAAAAUUUACGUUUUUGAUGAGUGGUUUGCCAGAGUCAUUGAAAAGGCAAAUUGCAAAGAAAGCAGCAGCUUUGGAAGCAUAUUCUGCAACUAAUUCCUGUUUUCGAACAGUGGUGCAUGUGCAGCAGAAGGAUGAGGGGUACUUGAUGUGGAGGUUGACACCACCCUCUUGCCCUCUCUUAACUAAUCUAAGAAAGAAAUUGGAAAUAACUGACGUUGCACAGCAUACUUUCUCACUUGGUGAAUUUUCAGUUUUAAAAGCAAAGUCUAAUAGCACCGAUUCUGCAGUUAUUGUGUCAUCUGGUUGGCGACCGGUUCUUUCUGAAACUCUGAGGAAUUAUUUAUUGGAAGACAUAAAGGCUUCUAAUCCCCAGUUUCCUGCAAAAAGAUUUUUUGAUCUACUCUUGAAAAAACAAGUAACUCCUGAAAAUAAUAAACAAGUAAACAAAUGUGGUACUACAAUCAAGACAAAUUUAAAAUCUGACAAUCGGAGAGAGAACAAAAGAAAACGAAAAACUGAAGACUAUAAACACAAAAGAAGGAAACCAACAGAAAAAACAGAUGCGAAACUGUCUGACACGGUUUCCAAAGAACUGUGUUUAAAACAAGCAAGCAUGGAAAACAAAAUCCACACAAUGGACACAGAUGCACCUGAAAUUAUAGCAAUAGAAGAUGGUGAUGAGAACACAGAAAUAAGUUCUAUUUCUGAUUCUGCCAGUGAAGAUGUGCUCUGGACAGAGAAAUAUCAACCACAGAACUCAGAUGAGCUUAUAGGCAACACUGCAGCAAUUAAAAAACUACACAGGUGGCUGAGUGAAUGGAAAAAAAGGGCUUAUUUUGAAGAAAACAGAGCCCAAAAGGAAGAAAAAAGUGGCAGUGAAGAAGAAUCCUUGGACAGCAUGGAUUUUAAAGAUGACAAAUCAUACAGCGAUGAAGAGACUGAACUGUGCAAUACUGUGCUGCUAAGCGGCCCAUCAGGCGUUGGAAAGACUGCAGCAGUUUAUGCUUGUGCACAAGAGCUUGGGUUCAAGAUAUUUGAAGUUAAUGCUUCUUGCCAACGCAGUGGAAGGCAGAUUCUUUCUCAGCUGAAGGAAGCUACUCAGUCUCACCAGGUGGCCAAGCAAGGUGUAAACUCUCAUAAGCCCUGCUUCUUUAACAGCACUAAAUCACCAAAAAAAUUCUCUCCCAGAAAAGAAUGGUCUCCAAAGAAGCCUCCGGUGUCCCCCAGAAGAGCUGGAUUAAAGCAAGGCUUGGCAUCCAAAAUGUUAACCAGCUAUUUCAAAAUCUCUUCCAAAGAAGGAAACGCACAACAACAAGAAAACAGCAAAGAAAGAAAGAAAACCUUAUUUGAAGAUAAAGUUCAGAUAAAAUCAGUUAAAAGGGGAACUGGAGAAGAGGAAUCAAAUAAAAAAAGUGCCACUUCCCUCAUCCUCUUUGAAGAGGUUGAUAUAAUAUUUGAUGAAGAUGUCGGAUUUCUAAAUGCAAUAAAAACAUUUAUGGCCACUACUAAGAGACCUGUUGUUCUUACUACCAAUGAUCCAUCAUUUAGUUUAAUAUUUGAUGGCUUGUUUGAGGAAAUCACCUUCAUUGUUCCUUCUUUGGUAAACGUGGCUAGCUACCUCCAAGUGCUAUGUUUGGCUGAGAACUUACGAACCGACAUUGGUGACUUUGCUGCUUUGCUAACAACAAAUAAUUGUGAUAUCAGACAAAGUAUUCUCAACUUACAGUUCUGGGUUAGGAGUGGAGGUGGCUAUCUGAAAGAAAAAAAUGUAGUGCUUCAUGGAGGAGAGAAGGCACAUGGCAUGGAACAGAUCACUUGCACUGAUGAUCCUACUAGUUCUAAGACUACUGAACAGCCUCUCUUAAAAAUCCCAAAGUGUGACACUGGCUGCAUUGAAAAUUUGCUUGGCCUGAAGAACAUUUUCCUGCCUUCAGAAGACUUGCUCUCAUUUCUUAAGCAUGAGAUCACAACCAAAGAAGAAUGGAGUAAACUAAUAAAUCUCCUCACAGAAUUCCAGAUGAAGAAUAUAGACUUUAUUUAUAGCAAUCUUGAGUUAAUUUUACCAUUACCAGUUACCAUACUUUCAGAACCAACUCAGAUGGCAAAUCCUCCACUUAAAACAAACACAGAAAUUUUUUCAAAUUAUGUACCUCUUGAUGGUGACUACUUGGAGGAAGCUAGCCCUAUAAAAAAGUCUAAACAGACCAAGCGCCAGAGAAAGAUGGCUUUACUGGAUGAUAGUGACUUAUUUGAGAGUGAGUUGAACUAUUCUGGAUUCAUCAGUGUGCCAUCUGAUGUUCCUAGCUUUUGCAUGAAAGAAGAAAAAGGUGGAUUGAAACCCGCAACUGUAAGCACAGUAACACUGAGCAGUGGAAUGGCCGCAGAAGCAAAAGGCUCGGGUCAUGCGUUCCAGUGCCUAAAUUCAUUAGCGGAAUUUGUGGAAAAUAUGUCUCUCUUAGACUAUUGCUUAAAUAAUAACACUCAGGAAUCAAAGCAAUCUUGUGAAUAUGAGGAAUUUAUUUGGACAAAAAGCAAGAUAAAAAACGGGCUAUCCGAUGAAUUUAGUGAGGAGCACCCGGAUUGGUGGAGUUCCAAAAGCUGCAGUGAACUGAAAGCAACUAUGGAAGCCCUGGCCUUUAAGAAAUGCUUUAAGGGUGUUUCAGAAGCCACGCAAAGCUGUUUGAAUGCUGGAAAGGAUGGACUUGAAGAACUUACACUUCAUAUUUCGAAAGAGCGAGCCAAUUUAAACUUUGGUCAGUUGGCAGCUAAUUCCAGCAUUCAGCAAAAAGCUCAGAAGAGGUUGGAAAUAAUCAAAGCUGCCUUUUGCAAUAGAACUCCUGUCAGUUUGAGCAACAGACAAGCCAGUAUAGUGGAAUACUUGCCUACUCUCCGCAACAUUUGUAAGGCAGAGAAACAGAAAGAACAAGGAAAAACAAAAAGAAGAUUUCUCCAUUAUCUUGAAGGAAUUCACUGUGAUCUUCCAAGAGAAGUUUUGAACAGUCUGGCAGCUGACUUUCCUUAA